UACGAUCGCGCGGUAGUUGAGUCCCGACUAACAGUCCGCGUGUUACCUCGAACCGUUAAACAGGUGUCGUGUUAUCAGAAUCUUCGUUAAUAUAAAAUCAUAUAUAUAUAUAUAUGUACGUUAACGAUAAUUUACACGUGAAAAUAUUAAUAUCGAUGUUUCAAUAAUGUUUCUCGUGAACUUUAGUACGGUGAUAUUUUCGAACGGUAUAUAUAUUUGUGAAUUCUAACACCUUACAAGAAACAGACUACGAAGUAUAAAGGAAUCGAAGAAGGACAAAAGAAAAAAAGAGGAAACGACGGUUGGGCCAUCGUAUCUGCGUAGUUGAAAUCGUUGGAAGAAAGAACUGAAUGACCACAAGAGGAAAGAGACUUGAAGGAAAAAUGCGUUAGACAACGAAGGAAAUCAAUGAUAUCGUUGGAUCAGCGUAGCUGAUCUAUCAAAAACGUGGCGGGUGUCGAUCCUAAGUUAUCGAGGGACGACGAUAUUGAGGGAAGGUUCUUAGGAACCCGGCAAAUGUGGCUCUGUGCACGGUGAGCCGAGGUUACGGGGGCCGUGGGGCCCGUGGCGGGGGUGGUGUAGGUGGUAGUGGUGUUGGCAAUAGUAGUAAUAAUAGUAACAGUGGUGGUGUCGGUGGUGUUGGUAGUGGUGGUGGUGGUGGUGGUGGUGGUGGUGUUGGUAGUGGAUUAGGAAGUAACAGAAGUGGACGAGAUAGUGGUCGAUUUGAAAGAUCGAGAGAGGCAAGCGUGAGAUUGCCAUUGAGUCCUCGCACUUUGUGCGCUCCAGGGAGCGGCGGGGGUGGUGGUGGUGGGGGAGGAGGAGGAGGAGGUGGAACUGGCCCCACGCAUGGGCAUGUUCAGCAGACUGGUGGUGGGGGGCCGGGGACUGGUGGAGGUGGCCCCACCGGUACUACUGCCUCACCCGAAGAAGUUCAAGCUCUUCAAGACGAACAGAUGCUACAUGUUGAAAGACCAGCACAACAAGGAACUUGGAUUUGCUGUGUUCCAUGUUAUUGGCUUAGAAAAAGUAAAGCCGUACAUAAGGCUUUACUCACCUUCGCCAUGUUACUCGUUACCAGCCUACUUGUCACUAGUCCUGUUCUCUUCCUUAUCACUACUUUACCCGAAGGGGAACAACCCCGUGAUUGUGCGCCAUUGGAUGAGGCAUGUAUUAGAGAACGAGACGGUCCGGAAGGCAUUUGCGAAACGAAGGCCUGUAUGGAAGCCUCGAAUAGGAUCUUGGCUUCAAUGAAAAGAGGCGUGGAUCCUUGCAAGGACUUUUAUCAGUUUGCCUGCGGUGGUUUUCGCGAUCAACAGCCCUAUCAACCAAGUUCGAGUUUCAAUAUGUUGCAGGCUCAAAUCGACGAACAUAUUCAUAAAAUGUUAAUAAACGAAACCGGUCGAAUGGUUGGUGUCUUCGAGAAGCUGGGUCAUUUCUACGUUAGUUGUCUUGGGUUCAAGGAGAAGCCUGUCAACUUUGCACCUGUUUACGAACUUCUUGAAGAACUUGGUGGUUAUUUACCACCAAAGAGUGUCGUCCCAGUUGACAUAACUCCAUUGGUCUCAGCACUUCUUAGAGUAAACGGUGCACCCCUCUUUGAUUUGUACGUGGACGUCGAUCUUUACGAUCGUUCUAGAUCCUCCGUUUUUCUCGAUCUACCCACUAGGUAUCAAGAUGAUGGCCUUUUUGCGGAAAAUCUGGAGGACAUACCAAAAUGGCGUAAGGGCGUAUUAAUGGAUGAGAAAAGAAGAAAAAGAUCGGUCCACGAAGAGAGUCAAGCAUACAUGAUGAUUAAGAGUAAGAGAGAGGAACGAAGAUCCCGCAGACUUCAGAAGAUCGUCGAAGGAAUGCUGCCAAAGACGAUGAGUCCUAAAGAACGUUCCUCUGAGAAGGAUUUGUUGUUGCAAUUUUGCUUGUCACUCAAUAAGAUUUAUCCGAAGCACAAGGAUUUGUACAAUUGGGUGGACGUCGAUCAAAGAGUUUACGUUCCUUUCAACAUGACUUAUCUUCAAGAAAGCUUUGGUUAUAUAAGGUGGGGGACGCUGUUGAAUGCCACGUUAGGCGCUGCCACUGCCGAUUUAUUCAAUCGCAACAAAACGCUGGAUCGUGAUCGACGAUUUAACACAGACGAUCAGAUGAUCUACGUUUACGUCACUGCACCUCGUUAUUUCCGUAGCCUUGGAAAAUUACUCAACAGAUUUUCGAGACGGAUUAUAUACAAUGGAUUGUUGUUGCUUUACGCUGCUGAUACUUUGCACGAUAUCGUAAAUGUGACUGCCAGUAAGGAUUGGGACAAUUCCUGUUAUAAAUUAACGAAGAAUAUUUUUGGAGAGAUUGUUGGUGCUCUAUAUGUUCAGCAAUACAGUUCAGAAUAUUUGGAGACCUUAGGGAAUAGAGUUGGUGGAUUAUUCGAAAGAGUUAAGGAAACUGUCGCAGAACGAAUUUUAGUAAAAUCUUGGCUCGAUGAAGAAACGAGAACGCAAGCAUUACUUAAACUUAGAACGUUGCAAGGAAGAUUUCACGUGUGGCCUGGUUUUAACAACGACACAUUAUUGGCUCGUGAUAUGGCUGAGGUUGUGAUCGAUCCUGACAACUUUUUCUUUACGGUACUACGAAGAUUCAGACAAAUUCGUACCGUCGAUGAAAAAGUUUUGCGAAGAAAUGUCACUGAAAAACGUCGUCAUCCCUAUACAGUGAAUGCUUAUUACGAAUCGUCAACGAAUACGAUUGGAAUACCUUUGGCUAUGAUGACUUCUUGGGCAUGGUCUUGGGAUGGUGGUCCAGCUUAUGCUGCUCACGCAACUCUUGGAUCAGUAAUCGCCCAUGAAAUACUUCAUGCUUUCGAUCUCCAUCGUCGUCGCUUGCCUCUCGAUCCUGAUCUAAACGUCGAUCAAUGGUUAUGGAUCACUACAGAAUCUUGGAAACGACUCGAAGCUAGGAUCGAGUGUGUCGCUAAGCUUUAUGCCAGAAGUUUUUGGCGCAAAGUUCAGUUUUAUGGAAACGACGUUGCUGUUCAGUUUGAUUGGAAUGUAACAAGGAAUGAAAAUGUUGCUGAUAUCGGGGCCUUGCAAAUAUCUCAUAAAACUUGGCAUUCAUUAACCAAUGGAAAGGAUCGAAGUCUACCUGGAUUGGAAGGACUUCGACCUAGUCAACUUUUUUUCAUAAGCGCCGCCCAGACAUAUUGUUCUAACAUGACUGCCGAGGCCUAUAUCCUCUCUGUUGAACUCGAUUAUCAUACUCCUCAACCUGAAAGGGUCAAUGGUAUAAUGAUGAACUCACAAGCAUUCGCUGAAGCAUUUCGUUGUCCGAUUGGAGCUAAAAUGAAUCCUGUGAGUAAAUGCACUACUUGGUGACAAUCGGGCAUAAAAAACGGUCGGACGCCAUGAUAAUUAUGAGAUUAUGUCAGCGGUAUGGACUCGGCUCAAUGAAGCGCGCCUUUUUUCAAAAGACCCACAUCGUUUGGUAUAAUAAUUUAAAAAAAAAAAAAAAAAAAAACAGAAAA